AUGGGUUUGAAAGCAGUUCAUUUCGGCGCCGGCAAUAUCGGUAGAGGUUUUGUUGCUGAAUUUCUUCACAAAUCCGGUUAUGAAGUCGUCUUCUGUGAUGUCAUGGACAGCAUUAUCCAGAAAUUGCAAACCACCCCUUCAUACAAAGUUAUUCAAGUUGGAGCAGAGGGAACAAGCGAAGAUACCAUUACCAAUUAUCGCGCCAUAAACUCGAAAACACAUGAAGCCGAUGUUAUUGAGGAGAUUCGUACAGCGGAUGUAGUAACUUGCUCCGUUGGUCCGAAUAUUCUCAAGUUCAUUGCUCCAGUUAUCGCCAAGGGUAUUGAUGGCCGCUCCAAUGACGCUACCCCAAUCGCAGUCAUUGCUUGCGAGAACGCGAUAGGUGCAACUGAUACUCUCGCCAACCACAUCAAAGGCGACCAUACCCCUCAGGAACGUUUAGAUGAUCAUCACCAGCGCGCACGAUACGCUAACUCUGCCAUCGACCGUAUCGUUCCCGCCCAAGAUCCUGAUGCAGGUCUUGAUGUGAAGCUCGAGAAAUUUUACGAAUGGGUUGUUGAUCGCACACCUUUCAGUGACCAUGAACCGCCAGCCAUUCAAGGUAUCAAGUGGGUAGAUGACUUAAUACCUUACAUUGAGCGUAAACUCUUCACCGUCAACACCGGACACGCAGCUGCUGCAUACCACGGGUACUACCACCAGAAGGCCACAGUCUAUGACGCCCUACAAGAUCCUAAUAUUCUCAAGGAAGUUCAUGCUGCGCUAGAGGAGACGAGCAGAUUAAUCGUUGGCAAGCACGGUAUCGAAGCCCAAGAGCAAAAAGACUAUGUCGACAAGAUCAUCACCAGAAUAGGAAACCCACAUCUGGAAGAUGCAGUAGAAAGAGUUGGCCGUGCACCCCUGCGCAAAUUGAGCAGAAAAGAACGAUUCAUUGCACCGGCAGCUGAACUUGCAGAGGAAGGAAAGGACUUCACUGCACUAUUAGAUGCUGCUGAGAUGGCCUUCCGUUUCCAAAACGUUGAAGGUGAUGAGGAGUCCAAGGAGUUGGCCAAGAUCAUGUCUGAAAACUCUGCCGAACAAGUUGUGGAGAAGGUCUGCGGGUUACAGUCCGAUCACCCCUUGUUCCCUCACGUAGUAGCGGUUGUGAAGAAGGUUCAGGCCGACGAGUAG